AUGAGCCGGCAGCAGCAGCGCGGGCAGCUAGCCCCUGCAGCAGGAGACGCCCCAAUAGACCACGAAGCAGCAACAGCAGCAGCAUCGCCAGCAGCAGCAGCAGCAGCAGCAAGUCUCCGCGGCUGCGACUGCCCCGAGCUCCGGGGCCCCCGGGGGGCCCCCCCGCUGUCCCCGGAGGAAGUUUGGACUUCUCUUUUCAUUGCGAGUCCUGAGGAGCUCGAGGCCCACUCCUUCCCAGAAGCAGCAGCAGCAGCAGCAGCAGCAGCAGCAGUUGAGCCUGCAGCAGCAGCAGCAGCACCUGCAGCAGCAGCAGCAAGGCAUGCCGUGGCCGCGAGCUCCGUGCGGCUAGACCACGAGGGCGGUUUGCUGCAGCCAGUGCCCGCCACCUUCUUCCUGAGCCCCAACCCCUUCAGCAGCAGCAGCAGCAGCAACAGCAGCAGCAGCAGCAGCAGCAGCGACGCGAGCGCAGCAGCCACUCGACCCUCUUCCCCGCGGCAGCAGCUAAGGGGGGCCCCCGGGGGCCCCCCAGAGAGCUCUCUGAGGCGUCCAGGGGGCCUCUUCGUCUCAGCCGUGAAAACCAGUCCAACAGCAGCAGCAGCAGCAGCAGCAAAAGCAGCAGCAGCAGCAGCAAGUGGUGGGGCCCCAAAGCCGCAACAAGGGGGGAGCCACGGGGGCCCCCGGAGGGAGCAGCAGGGGGCCCCCAGGGCCCCUGAGGGGCUUAUGGGGCUGCUGUGGGGAGAGCAGCAGCAGCCUCACUGCAGCAGUAACACCAGCAAACAAAGCAGCAGCAGCAGCAGCAGCAGCAGCAGCAGCAAGAACUGGCCUCCUGUCGCCGCCGCAGGGGACCCAAGACCCACAGGGGGGCCCUCGGGAAACCCCUUUGGGGGCCCCAGUUUGAACUUCCCAAGGGGGCCCCAGGGGGCCCCCUUGGUUUCACCUUCGAUGGAAGAAGCUGCUGCUGCUGCUGCUGCUGCCAGAACUCCCAACUCGAAGCAUACCCCUAAUCAGCAGCAGCAGCAGCAGCAGCAGCAGCAGCAGCAGCAGCAGCAGCAGCAGCAGCAGCAGCAGCAGCAGCCGAGCAAGCCCCAGGGAAGGGAAGUCCGGAUGCGCGCUGCAGCAGCAGCAGUGCCGCGAGCUGCGGGCGAUGCAGCAGCAGCAGCAGCAGAAGCAGCAGCAGCAGCAGCAGAAGCCGCAGAAGUGCAGCCGCGGACGAACGCAGGAAAAGACAGUACUGCUGUUCCCGUCCGCCGAACCAAUUCUUCCCAUCUGCAGCAGCAGCAGCAGCAGCAGCAGCAGCAGCAGCAGCAGCAGCAGCAGGGGCGGCAGCAGCGGGGGUCUUUGUCGACUGCAGCAGGAGCUCGGGAGGCGAGCAGGCGGGCGCUGCUGAACAGCCUGCGGUUCACGUCCCCCAUCAGCAGCAGCAGCAACAGCAGCAGCAGCAGCAGCAGCAAAGCAGCAGCAAGAGCAGCAAAUGGUUUGGUGACCCUCGCGCGGGCCAAGGGCAGCUCUCGCCCUGAAGAGGUCCAUUGGUCCAGUCUGACUCCUCGGGGGCCCCUCUACCCCGCCAGCAGGGCUGCUGCUGCUGCUGCUGCUGCGCCAGCUGCAGCAGCAGCAGACGCUGCAGCGCACUGGAGCGGCAGGAGCAGCAGCAGCAGCAGCAGCAGCAGCAGCAGCCACUGCGGCCGCCCGCUGACGGUGCGGCAGGUGAUUGGCUCUGCGCUGCGCAGCCGCAGCAGCAGCAGCAGCAGGUCUGUGGGCCGAGUGGGGGGCGCGGCGUCGGCGGGCGCGGCCGCUGCUGCAGGCGGCGCAGCAGCAGCAGCAGCAGCAGCAGCAGCAGCUCGCGCUUCCUGGCAAAGCGCCCUCUGCUACAGCCGCCGCUCUUACCUUUCUCUAGAAAGAGAAGCUCUUGUUUUUUAUUUGCAACUUGUUGCUGCUUUCGAGUCCAGCUGGGCAGCCAUCAGACCCAUUCCUUCUCCGGGGCCUCCAGCUGCCCGCAGCAGCAGCAGCAGCAGCAGCAGCAGCAGCAGCAGCAGCAGCGGCGGCGGCGGCGGCGGCGGCGUUGGGCUUCGCGAGGUAAGGCCCGCACUGGCGGCGGGGGCUACGGGGCUGUUGCGGCUGCUGCUGCUGCUGCUGCCGUUGCUGCUGCUGCUGUUGGUACUGCUGCUGUUGGUGCUGCUGUUGUUGGUGCUGCUGCUGCUUCUGCGCUUGCUGCUGCUGCUGCUGCUGUCGCGCAGCAGCGUCGAUGCUGCUUCGCCGCCUGCCUUUCUUUUCUAUUUUCAAUUUAAAUUUAAAACAAAUUCCGAAAAGUCCGAAGCAGCUGCUGCGCAUUUGGGGUGUACGUACAGCUCGACGCAGCAGACAACGUCAGCGUUUAUCUUGUGGCUCCUUUUCUAA